CAAUUAAGGCCAUUCAACAGGGCGGCGUCACGUGACCGAGUUUGAUUUGAGACAGGUGUUCAUCUUUCCUGGAUCGCGUGCCGUGUUGAUUUUGUUUGCAUACAGUUGAUCUUUGCCCAAAACAAUUUGUACCGUUUGAAAAAUAAGGAUUUUUCCAAACAGCCAUGGGUCACUGAUGGAAACGCGCCACGAUGUCCGGCAUAAACAACCUCUCCCUCCCGCCAGCUGACCUGAACGUGACGGACCUACAGAGGACACUAGAGGCUCACCGCCCCAUUAAAAUCGGGAUCAUCUCGGUUUUGGGAGUGAUGAUAACUUUGGGAAACAUCGCCGUGGUGAUGGUCAUAGCUUCGGCGGUGUCGGGCUGGUCGAGAAACUCCCGGUACUUCCUCUUGUCGUUAACGGGAGCGGACUCUGCGUUCGCGCUGCUUAUCAUGCCGCUCAACUUGUGCGUGAGUUUCAUGAAGGAAUACAACGGGGGCCCGGACCCCUUCUGUCACGUCGUGGCAUUUUUCAACGCCACCAUCUACUCCACCUGCAUGUACACCCUCGCGACCAUCAGCCUGGAAAGGUACAUAGCGGUGUUUUACCCCCUGAAGUACUCCCGCGUGCUGACCAGGAGGAGGGCGCUGCUUCUGAUCGCGUUCGCGUGGGGUUUCCCUCCCGUCCUCCUCGUCCCCAUCUCGUUCCCGGCGGGAGUCAUCGAAGUGCACUUCUCCAGGGCCUCGCUCGUGUGCAACCCGCUGUACUCCAGCAACGUGUCUUACUCUCUGUCCCUGACGUGCUUCAUCUUCUUCCCGUGCUCGGCCGUCAUGACCUUCUGUAACCUCAGGCUGUGGAUAGCCGCGAAGAGGCAGAGGCUGAAGCUGAGGAGACGCAGCUGGGGCGGGGGGUACAGGCCUAAAGUGGCCCUGCGCGUUUUAGUGCCGGUCAUGACCGUUUAUUACACCUGCUGGACGCCCUGCAUGGUCAUCAUGCUGUACAACGCGAUCUCCGGCAGCGGUGUCCCCGAAUGGAUCGAGUUUAUUGCUGUGUGGUUACCGACCUCCAAUGGCUUCCUCAACUGUAUCUUCUACUUCUGGAUCAACCACAGCUUCAGAAGGAAAUUCCAUUUGGUUCUCCAGAGACUGUGUCUAGGACUGUGUCCGGGUUCUGGCGGCGAUUCGAGCUGCGUCAGCUCUGUGGAGUCCUCCGCGGUUCCCGGAUGGAGCGUUAACGGUAUCCACUCUCUCCAUGAGCGGUUUUCUAGCGUGUCUUCCACCUGCGCUCUGCUCAUGCCGGCUCAAACCAACAUGCGUGAACCAGAGCCGGCUUGAGGUUCCUUUUAGCCCCGUGAUCCGAUGAAGUUUUAAAGCUCUGGUGAAGUUGAGUCAUCACGAGUCUCGCUGACAUGUCAUUAACCUGCUCGGGAAGGAGGUUAUUCCCGCGAAUGUCUUUUUAACCGUGUGUUAGCGUACAGAAACGAUCCUAUUUCCUUCAUGCUCUUUUAGUUUAAUGGCUAUUUGUGCCUUUUUACUUCUUGACGGCACCUCCUCGUAUUCGCUCAGACUCGGUUUCUUGGCCUAAUUGAAGCCUGAAAUGGUUUCGCGUUGUUGAUCGCCACUCCGGGUUAAACACACGAGAGCCUUCGAAACAUUUCCUUAUCUGUUCGUAAACCCAAUAUCAAGCAGCUGUGGAAGUUUAACCUUUAAAUCUCAGUUAUGCAGUUUAUGCAGAAGGGGAAGUAAUUAGCCAGGUACGUAAUGUAAAGGUCAGAUCAAAUAUGCCUUUUGGCUUUAACCUUUUCUGUUUCAUGACAUUUUCAUUGCAUCUCUGAAGCAAACAUUAAUUUUCGUGUUCGGCUAAGUAGGCUUUUUGGUCACUGUCAGAUGUGGAGGGACGUGGCAUGGCCAGCAUUAUCAAAUUGUAAAUAUAUAAAAAAAAAAAAAAAGAGGGCCGCAACGUACUGGAGCGGAUGUCGAAUAGAAGUCGUUGCGCUCCGAGGGUGAAGCUUUGUGCGUCUUUUUUUGGCUGUGUUGUAAUAGCGUAACUGUAAAUCAAAAAUUUUAAGCUUUAAGUUUUAGUUUAAGCACUUGUUACAGAAUAAUGCAUUUCAAUGGGGUGAGGAAAAAAAACCACGUCCUGCGGUGGAGGGUGCUUAUAAAGCAAGAGCUGUUAAUGACCUGGGAGUGUUAUACAGCAGUACAUUUAUGAUUGAUUGCCAAGUUUUUGAUGUGUAAAUAAUAAUUUUUUUAUAUAUGGAUUACGAAAGUGUUUAUAUGAAAUGUUAAAACUUCAAUUUGUUGUAAAAAAUAAAAAUAAAGCGUCAAAGCCUAUUUACUAUUU